AAGACCAACAACAACAUCACCAACGAAAACAACAACUCCAACAACAACAUCACCAACAACAACACAAACUACAAGAUCCACUACAAGACAAAGCACAACUACCGCAGGACAUCCUCCGUACACCAACACUCCACCUCUCAGUAAAUUGCCCCUCCAGUUUUCUUUACUUGUGGAUCCAGCGGUCCCUUCCUGUAAAGAAGGAGUCUACCUUCCAACGUUUGUGCAUCCAACCCCUGCAGAUGGAGCACGCAUUAAGGCAGAGGUCAACAAAGAGGUGGAGAUUAAAGUCAAAGCAGAAGCAACUCAUUCAGUAAUGCAAGACCUCAUCAUGAGUGGACCUUCAAACAUUAGCAUGCACAGGAGCACACACAAUGAGUUUGUCAUCCGGUGGACACCCAUGGCAGAUGACCUGGGAGAGCAUUACCCAAUCUGCUUUGCUGUGGAAUCAGCAACUGGGUCAGCUAUUAGCAGCUUUCAGACUGCCUCCUAUAAUCAUGUUCAUGCUACACCCGUCUCACAGUCUGGUGUCUAUCAGACUGAGAUGAGGUGUGUUCUUGUGGACGUUGGAAAGGAGCAAAUCAAAGCCAACGUGGUCUGUGGUGAGUCCUCCAUGAGGGUGGAGAUCCCCAAAGAUUCCCUCACUGGACUUUCUGAAGACCAUCUGGAGCUGAGUGACCCCACCAACACUGUCUGCAGCCUGACCACUCACUCCAACAGCUCUCACGUCAUCGCCGACUUCCCCCUCAACGCCUGUGGCACUCAGAUCGAGGAGGAUGACGAGAACCUCUUCUUCAAGAAUGAGAUCACCACAGUGGACGACCCCAGUCAGCUGAUCACCAGGAAGCACCUCAUGGAGAUCAGCUUCUACUGCCAGUACGCCAAGAAAAGCAACAUGACUGUGGGUUUCACAGCUCACAGGAAGAACGUCACCGUGUGGGAGAGAGGCUUCGGCACCUUCACCUACCAGUUUGAGUUCUACCCAGACAGCCAGUACCAAGCCAUGAUUGACCCGAACUCCUACCCUCUGGAGUAUGAGCUAGGAAGCAAGAUCUACAUGGAGAUUGAAGCCUCCUCUUCACCCAACAACACUGAGAUGUUUGUGGAGUCCUGCAGAGCCUCACCCUAUGACAACCCCAACUACCACUCCACCUACACCAUCAUUGACAAUGGGUGCACAGUGGAUCCAACUGUUCAGAUUUACGCCCCCUCCAACCAGAAACAGUUCCGGUUCAGCGUGGAUGCCUUCAAGUUCAUUGGUUUGCAUGAUCAGGUGUACAUCAGCUGCUCAGUGAUGGUGUGUGAAGCAGGGAACCCCAACACCAGGUGCUCUCAGGGAUGCAUGAACUCCUCCAGUUCCAACAAUCAUCAUCACAUCCUCAAGAGAGAGGCCACCGUCCAGAGCAGACCUCACUUCAUUUCCCAGGGUCCUUUGCGCCUGCACUCAGACAACAGUGCGUCAGCGAUCAACCUGAACCUGAACCUGGUCUUUAUUGCCGGAUGUCUUCUUGCUACUUUGGGAAUGAUCUGCAGCGUGGUCGUCUUCAAGACCAAAAUGUCCAAAGUCAGAUACCAACCUCUACCAACCUACGAAAACUAAAGCUUGUAGAGGUGCAGGUUGCAGACCAGUUUUUAUCCUUAAGCUCACGCUUUGGGAAUCUUCAUAUAUGUAUGCAUUUUAACAGAUUGUUUUUUGUAUUGGCGUUAGAAAAUACAUUCAUGUGCUAACAAUAAAUACACUAUACAAAUAAAGAAAUAAUGGACAACCAUUUAAGCAGUAGUCUAGCAAAAACUUAAAUCCAUAUUUUGACCCAUUGCUUUACAAAAAAGGACCUCAGGCCACACCCUCUCUGAAGAAAAUUGUGUUUUUGGUGUUUUUAACAUGUUCUUAUGUCAUUUUGCUGAUGUUGGAGGACAUGAUUAAAUAAAAUCAAAAUCAAAACUGUC